CAAAGCAUAGAAUAUGACAUCUCACUACAUCAAAGUGGCUUUUAUUCUUUUGGCCAUCUUUGCCUUGCAAGUCGAGUCUCAAACCGCCAGACUUCCAGUGCCACAACGAUCGCAAGGCCUUAGCGGAGAGCCUUGGCUCCCCAGAAGAUUGAAGGAACUCGUACAUUCAACCCUAAAGCGAUGCGGUAAAACUUGUCAAGAUCAACGUGGCUCUUCUUUUCGUGACUAUCUUGCCAAACUUGAGAAGUUCCCCGAAUAUAGUAGGACGGCCUCUGAAGAAACGACGAUCAAUGUAACACGUGAUGAUAGUUUUCUUUAGCGUGAUUUACUUCUGAAACGACGAAAAAGACAGAGAAUCAGCAAGAGAAAGCUCCAGAAACAGCUCCAGCAGUGUGAGGCAAGCAUCCAGGAGACGCAGGUCGCCUUGGAGGCCCCGAGACUUCUGUUUGUCCAAAUGGCGCAACACUGCACUUUGGAAAUGACAGCCGGACGAUACUACCUUCGCACUACAGAUAUGGAUCCUGAUACCUACGUUUUUGCAGAGAUGCCGUCACAAUACGCCACUGUCUGGCCUACGAGCUAUUUUGUCGGGUACCUUUUUGAUGAGUUUUUUCCCAUCGAUAAGCCCAACGCGGCCUUCACAUUUAACGUCUAUCGGAACGAGUCCAAGAAAUCAUUUGAAGGGCCACUCAUAUCUGUUGUACUGUCGUCACACCGUAUUAGUCUCCAAGACGACAACUCGUCGCUUGUCGUCUACGAGCUUGGUCAAUCAUCGGAUCAGGCAGAGACCUCCCCGCUGUCUAAUUUCUUUCGGGGAGUGGAUCCCACUCAGAAUGCGUCGGUGGCGUUUGAGCAUUGUUCCAUGUUUAUUGAUCCUGCGGUUGAUGACCGUAAUAUGAUGUCAACCGAUAGCUACGUGGCUGCGCUGGAGUCCGUCGAGCAAGUUCUAGACGACCUCGAAAGGUCCGCCAAUGCUAUUGAGCCAGGUCUCGCGGGAGUCGAAGUUUCAAGCACGAAUCAAAGCAUGUUGGCGACUUUUAGUAGAGUAUGGCAGGUCAAAGAUAGUGAGAAAAGGAUUCAAGGUGAUCCUGAUUCGAGUGCGUCCUUGAGAAGUGCAGCAGACACGGUCCGUGCGACUGUCCAUCUGAUCAGACAGUGCAAAGAUAGCUCAAAUGGCUGUGAUGAUCGUGCCCUCGCAGCUAGCGUGUCUAACAUAUUGCUGACCACAGUACCUGUGAUAGGGGCCGCGUUCCCCCCAGUGGGCAUUGGCGUUUCGUUGAUAUCAUCAAUAGGGCAUCUCUUGUCCAGUUUGGCCUACGACUUAAGAAUGGCGUCGAACAAGGGUGUUUUUCCAUCUUUCAUCCAAGGGUUCGUGAAUACGAAAUUCGAAACCUUCGAUCUCUUCUUUGACACCGAUCUGAGGAAGCUUUUCAGAGACAUUUGGCUAAUCGACCUUGACAACUUCAUCAGGCAUUCUGGAAGCAUCGGUUAUAUAAUUAAGAAGAUGGGACCAGAUGGCCAAGCAUCCGUGGACAAGGAGACGGGAUCUUCGGGGAUU